UUGUGAUUUUUUUUUUUAUUGACACCUAGCAAAUUGCCCAUUUUCAAUUUUUUUUUCCUUUGAUUCACACAUAAAAGGGAAGGGCAUUGCUUCCCAACUGGAUGUGUCUAUUUCCCUGAUACUGAUACCAUUGAACUUUAUUGGGUUUUUUCUUUGAUUAAUAGAUCUAUGCGACUGUGUAGAAAUAGAAUGCACAAAAAUCUGAGAGUAGAUGAUGAACAUUUGGUCCAAUAUUUGGCCAAGUCUUUGCUUUUCAGUUCAUUCUUGUUUGUUGCUUUUGUAUUAGCAGUUUCCCUUUUCUGUGGGAACAGAAACAUGUGACUCACUUCUUACUUAAUAUACUAAAGAAAAAAUGAUUCCAAACUCCCCCCGCCCAAGUGUUCGCUUAAUUUCAUCAAAAAAAUGUUGGGUGGAAUUAUAUGAGAAUUCAAAUUGAACAAAAAUCUGAGCUGCAAGUUUUAGUUGGUGGGGUGGUAAGAACUGCAUUUUGACCCAAUAUUUAGUGAAGCAUCUGCCAGGAAAAUGUGUAAUCAUACAUUAUCUCAAUCUGUUAUCUUAUUCUUUCCCCUAAAACUUACUGCAUUAAUGGUGAGUGGUGGUUUUUUAGUCAUUUUCAAGGUCUUCGGGAUCUGGCCCAUGCAGAUGCUAACUAGGAGUGUCAAUGGACAAAUGAUAUACCACAUAUCUUCUGUUUCCCAGUUGAUGCAUCUCAUGGUGUGUUUGGAAAUGUGGAAGCUUGUCUUUAGAUCUUCUAUGCAGUUGUCCACAAUGGCAUUAAGCUACCACUUAUAUGAUUCUUUGGAGAAUUGGUUGUCAAUGCAUAGAAUUCAUGCAUGUAAAUGCCAUUGACUACAACAUUUUUGGGGUAUGGAAUGUUGGAAACUGGCACAUAAUGCAGUUUCAUGGGACCCAUAGGUUCAAACCUAUUCCGGUCAUACAUGGACUUGAAGCUUCUAAUAGUUUAUUCUAACUCAAAUCAGAAAAUGCCCCAUAUGUAGAAUUGAUAUUGCACAAUUGUGAUGAUAGCUAGUUUACAUGUUGUGGAUAGAAAAUUCUCACCCUAGAGGAGUGUGCAAUAAAACAAAUCCAAAAUCAGACCCACCUUUCCCAUAGUUUUCUUUAUGGUUUUACUUUUAAAAAAUUACACAAUUCACAGCCUAAAAGUCUCAUUUCUCACCCCGAACAUCAAAUUUCUCUCUUUCCAGAAUUCCCUUGGGUUUCUUGUUUUUCAUAGAUUCUUGGAAGCUAGCUGGACUUUGGGAGGGCAAUGUUGUUACCUAUUCACUUGCUUUAACUGUGACUCCUAUGCCAUUAGCUACAGUGUUCCUGAAAUUCGAAUGCACCUUAAGAAAUAAGGCUCGCUCAAAGCCUAUGUCAUGACAGGUACCUGCAUAUUCUUGGCUAACAUCCCUUAGCCUUGCAAGAAAUCUUGUGCUUUGUACCUCGAAACUCUUCCAUGAGUAAGGUUCACGAGAUAAUUAAAUUACAGAUUAACAUUCUGCCUGACUCCAAAGUAAGUAUCUUCUCAAUGAAUUCCGCAGCUUUGCUCCUUCAAAUGCUCUACAUCUAGUAGUGAAGCUCACCUUGAAUAAACUGGAACUCCUGGAUGAAGGAGAAGGAGAGAAGUUCGAACACCAUAAGAGGUGCUUGACCGAAGGGUGCAUCACCUAAUUACACCAUUAGAUGUCUACGAAUAGGCUCUAAACCUACCUAAUAGAGCUAUAGUGAGUAUGUGGUGACCCAUCAUUUCUUUCGCUUCUUGAUGAAUGUAACAUAUGUUUUGGAAUUCAAGGCCCGAGUUUUCUAGAUGGCCCACUGCAAGACUUCCAAAGAACAUAAUCUCCAUGGGGAGGGAGAUGUCCAAAUAAUGCAUAACUACGAUUUUUGAGAAUUUCGGAAUAAUGCAAAAGAUACCCGAUCUACCAACUAGAUAUAAGUUAUGGAUGGCAUGACUUUACAUGCCAUCCCCACAUAAUUUGGUUUCUGGUGCCGGUCCAAUGUCUACAUGUCAGUCCUGCUUAUACGGUAAUCACAACCUUCAGGCAUUAGGGUAAGAUCACAAAAAUGGCAUUUGCUCUUAUGCUGAGUGGAGCAGUUUGGUGCAAUGAGUUAUACGCCUCACCCAAAACACCUUGAAGUGAUUUGUAUUCCUCCAGCUUAUUCGCUACCCCGACAAGUAUAUCAAAGAGGGACAUGAUAUAGACUUAGAUAAUUCACUGGAUGCGCAUAACCAAAGUGUUUUAGGGUGCUAAUUUUCUCAAUGUUUUUUUUAAUGGAUGGGUUCCAUUGUCCACAUGUGGUUUACAUAGGCAUGACACAAUUCUAAGUUCGUUCUUGGUAAUGAAUCCACAUUACAUCUCAACUCACAAUAAGCUCUGUCAAUUCUAAUGAUGAUCCACUUCUAGAGUUUUUCAUCUCUAUAGAGGGCGUACUCCUUAGGCUAUUUUAGUUUCACAAAAAGAUAUUUAGUUUUCCUUAAUUAAUGUUACAUGUCGUACCACAUACAUAUAAAUAAGGUUUAUUUUCCAGGGCAAGAUGUUCCCCCAUGUUUAGGAGUCAGGAUUUUAUACAGAGAGGGAGAGAGAAGGUGCAGCAGGGAUUAAAAUCUUAUGACUUGCGAGAGACAUGAUUUCUGCCUCAAUGAUUGUUGAUCUGCUUUUUUUUAGACAUAUGUUUUAUCUCAUUUGUAGUACCUCAAUGCAACAACUAACUCUUUUCGUUCAUUAGCUUAUAUAAAAAAAAAAGUUUUAUUGUCUUUACUAAUUUAUAUCACAACCAUUUCAAGUACUUUGCUCUAAAGAUUUUCUGCUGCUGUUGUCUCUGAAAGAUCUGAUUUCCUGUUGUAACUCUUGUGAAGUAACAUGUUGUUUCAUUGUUCGGCAGCUCAGUUUUGGAAGAGGAAGAGGAACGUGGGGUUGCUCACCUAGUUCAACACCUCACUUUCAGUGCCUCAAUGAAGUAUGCAAAUCAUGAUAUUGUCGAGUUCUGGAGAGCAUUAGAGCAGAUUUUGGUUCAAGUGUCUGCAAAUGAUAUUGAAAGGGAAAGAGGUGCUGUUCUGGAAGAGUAUGGAGGCAGCCCGUAUGACGCAUUUAGGGCAUGGAAGGAUCGAAGUAUGAUGAUUGCCUACCAAUUGGACUGGAAAAAGUGAUCAGAACAGUUUCCCCUGAAACUGUUGAAGGGUUUUAUCAGAAGUGGUACCAUCUACCAAACAUGGCAGCGGUUUCUGUUCGGGAAUUUCCGGAUGCUGAGAGGGUGGUUAAAUUAAUCAGAAAACACUUUGGUCAAAAAGUUUCAGCAUCUAUUGAACCUUUUUCCCAGUUCCACCCCACAAGAAGCCUCGAUUUUCAGGUUUUGUUGUAUCUUAAGCUGGUAGGACCUCAGUGAUGAUCAGCUGUAAGAUUCCUGUAUUUGAACCAUGAUCCACUGUGUCUUGAACCUGAGAUUUCUUAAAAUUGCUCGAAGAAAGACCCACCUUUCUUUUCGUGCCGCCCAGUUGCUGAUGUUCUCAUCCAACCUGUGAAGACUUAUCUAAUGACUUCAACUUGCAAAGAGGGGGGGUAUAAUUGAGGCCCUAGAAUCGAUGCUCAUAGAGGUAUGUCUGCAUAAUAUAAUGCAAAUGGAAUUUUCCUCCUCGUUAUUAUGUUGUAGACUGAAUGUUUCAGGUUGCCAUGGUGAGGCUUCAUGGAUUUUCAAAGUGUUAAAUUUCUUUUAUACAUGCAUUGAUGAUGUCAGAGAUUGAAUUAGCAUAUCUGAGGCCCCAAAUGCGGCCCACAUGCUUGCUGGAUGAGUAUUUAUGAUUAAUUCAAAUUCUUUUGACAUUUCUGUCCAUUAGCUCGAAACCGUGGUUCAUUUCUCUUGCAAUGUUUGUUUUUUUUUAUUUUACUUCUAUUCUGGGCUAUGGUAUAUCUCUCCACUAUAUCUGAGAAACUUCACACUUUAAAUAGGCUUCUGUUUCCAAACUUGAUCGUUGCGAUAGACUUCAUUUCCAAACCCUGUUUAACUUCUAUGAGAAAACUAUGUGAUCAUAGCACAUGAACUUUUUUCUCUUCUUCUAUGAAGUAAUACUACAUUGAUUUUAACACUUGAAAAGUUAUCUGUGUGCCAUUUACAUUUUUUCUUUUUUAUAAUGUUCUGUGGCAUGCCCAUGCUUUAAUGCUUAAUGUUACGUAUAAUGUGCUUUCUGGCUUAAUUAAGAGGAUGAUACAUACAAAAAUUGAAUGACCAUUUUAUUAUUUUGUCUAGGGAUAUUUUAUUGAUAUGAUCUUAAAAUGUACAUGAUAUUUCACUUUUGUUACUAAUACAGCACUUCUUUCUGAGGGAUUCUGAGCCUGUAGUUUGAAUUGAGCAUGAAGCACAGCUGCAGAAGACUAUCCUACCCCAUGAGUUAUAUCUUGCAUUUAUUCGUUGAAAAUCCUAAUUUAGGAUUUUUGUGUUUUAGUUUUUGUAUUUCCAAGCUUCUGAUUAGUCUAGUGCAAGAGCUGGAAAGGAAUUUACUGAGCUAAAUAAGUUCAUCUCUUCUACCCUUCUAAUGAGGAAAACAAUUUGGUAAAACAGUUCUCUCCUCAGUGUAAUUAUUUAACUUAU